AUGAGCAAUCCAUUCCAUUCGAGAACAGUGUCGUCUUCAAGUGAAGAUGACAAUCCUUAUGAUACACCAGAGAAUUAUUACGGUCCUAAGACCAAUCCGGUAGCUGCUGGCAAGAACUCGAGAUUGGGGAAGGUUAGAACAUUUUCUGUAUUUGAACCAAAAAGGUCAAAUUUUUUUGAUGAUUACGACCCGGGGUAUACCAACUCGGAUAUUUCUGAGCAACCGGACAAAGAGACGAGCCCAUUUUCUGAAUCGCCAACGCCAGAGGUUGAAUGCAAAUGGGAUUUUAAAACGGCAUCUGGACUUGCUCCAGAGAUAGGAAAGAAAGUGGAUGAGAUCCCUACGACACAUAAUCCGAAAAAGGGGGAAAGAAGAGGGUCUAUAGUGCCAAUUUAUGAAGAUAUAUCGCUGGAUUCGGUAGAUGACUUCAAUGCAUCUACCAAACCUGAUCCUAGACGUUUGCACUAUAGGAGAGCCUCAAUGGACGAUUCAUUUGUCAAACCUAGAAAGUUUUAUAUCAACGACAUUGAGGUUACCCUUAAGGAACUCUUGAAGAAUGAAGAUACGGACCAUAACUAUCAAAUUACCAUCGAAGAUAAUGGACCCAAAGUUAUCAAGUUAGGUACCGCCAAUUCAAAUGGUUAUCGUCAGGCGCCUAUCAGGGGUACAUACAUGUUGUCUAAUUUAUUACAAGAACUCACAAUUGCUAAAAGAUUUGGUAGAAACCAAAUGAUUUUGGACGAGACCAGAUUAAAUGAAAACCCAGUUUAUCGUAUGAAACGUCUUAUUACAACCCAAUUCUGGUCCUCGUUAACAAGAUUGUUGACUAGAGACAAUAUUAUGGAAAUGUCGAAAGAUACCAAAAUUGAAGAAGAAGUUUUAGAUGAGAAUGGCCAGAUUCAACAUAAUAAGGAGAGUCAUAGAAUAUACAUUCCUUAUAACAGAAAGGAUCAGUUUGAUUAUUUCAAUAGUAUCAAGAAGGCAAACCCAAACAUUGGUCUUGACGUUCAAUAUUUACCAGAAAAUAUUGAUGCUGACUUUGUAAAAUCCAUUAAUAAAAAGCCAGGUUUGUUGGCACUUAGUGCUGCUCCUGAUCCGAAUGAUGCUACGAACCUUAUUAAUCAACCAUAUGUCGUUCCAGGUGGUAGAUUUAACGAGUUAUAUGGAUGGGAUUCUUAUAUGGAAACCAUUGGUUUAUUGGUUGAUGUGACUUCUACUAACCAGGAAAAUUUGAAAUUGGCCCGAGGUAUGACAGAGAAUUUCAUUUAUGAAAUACAUCAUUAUGGUAAAAUAUUGAAUGCUAACAGAUCUUAUUAUUUAACUAGGUCUCAACCUCCAUUUUUAACUGACAUGGCUUUGAGGGUGUUCAAUAAAACUAUGGAAGUGGCCCCAGAAAGACUUGAAGAUUCUAUGGACUUUUUGAAGAGAGCAAUUGAUGCAGCCAUUAAAGAGUAUGAUAACGUUUGGUUUGCAGAACCAAGAUUAGAUAAAGAGACAGGUUUGUCUUGUUAUCAUCCAGAAGGAAGUGGUAUUCCCCCUGAGACGGAGGCCAGCCAUUUCAAUGCAAUUUUAGAACCUUACAUCAAGAAGCAUGGUAUCUCCCAGAAAGAAUUUAUUGAAGAGUAUAAUAAUGGAACUAUUAAGGAACCAGAGUUAGAUGAGUAUUUCUUACAUGACAGAGCUGUAAGAGAAUCGGGCCAUGAUACCUCUUACAGGUUAGAAGGUAAAUGUGCUCAUUUAGCAACUGUUGACUUAAAUUCCUUAUUGUAUAAAUACGAGGUGGAUAUUGCCUUUGUUAUUGAGACAUUUUGUGAUGGAAAAUUUAAAAAUAAGUAUACCGGCGAAACUGAAACUCCUGAGAAGUGGAGAGAAAAGGCCAAUUUGAGAAAGGAGAGAAUUACUAAAUACUUGUGGAACGAGAAAGACUCGAUCUUCUAUGAUUAUAAUAUUAAAACAAAAAAACAAACUGGUUAUGAGUCUGCCACCACAUUCUGGCCGUUAUGGUCUCAAGUAGCUUCUACUGAACAAGCUGAUAUGAUAGUUAAGAAUUCUACUCAGAAAUUGGAAGAGUUUGGCGGACUUGCGGCCGGAACCUUGAAAUCUCGUGGUGGCAUCAAUUUACACAGACCAUCAAGACAAUGGGACUAUCCAUAUGGAUGGGCUCCACAACAGAUUCUUGCAUGGAUUGGCUUGUGUAAUUACGGUUACGAAGGUGUUGCUCGUAGAUUAGCCUAUCGUUGGCUAUAUCUUAUGACCCAAGCAUUUGUUGACUAUAACGGUGUUGUUGUUGAGAAAUAUAACGUCACUAAGGGUGCAGUUCCACAUAAAGUUGAUGCGGAAUAUGGUAAUCAAGGUUUGGACUUCAAAGGUGUUGCUACAGAAGGUUUCGGAUGGGUCAAUGCAAGUUACGUCUUCGGUUUGACAUUUAUGAACCUUCAUGCUUGUAGAUGUUUAGGAACCCUUACUCCACCCGACGUUUUCUUGAGAUAUUUACAUCCUCAACAGAGAAAGGAUUAUCAAUGA